UGAGCACGUCAAAGUUGUAACUGUAGAAGAGUUGGAUAGUCAUCAUCCAUAUAUCACAUAUGCUUAGACUAACCGCAAUCCAAGGAGUUGGAUAGUCAUCAUCCACAUAUCACAUUUGUUUAUGGGUUUUUUACUUGAAUAUUACAAAAAUACAGUCAAUUUUCAAAAGUAUGAUCAUAUUUACAAAAGGACAAAAAUGUGACUAGGAAGGUCAUAGAAUUGGAAAAACAUAUGUCACCAUCCAUUUUUAAUGUCACUAUAGCCGCCGCCCGUGUCACUGUAGUCACCGCCCAUGUCACUGUAGUCACCGCCCGUGUCACCGUAGCCACCGCCCGUGUCACCGUAGCCACCACCUGUGUCACUAUAGCCACUGUCCGUGUCACUGUAGCCACCGCCAGUGUCACUGUAGCCACCGCAUGUAUCACUGUAGCCGCCACUUGUCUCACUAUAACCACCGCCCGUGUCACCGACGCAUUGAAAUAUGUCGUUGUGGUCGUUUUCAUUUAGCAACGCAGCCGACCUUGGUGAAAUGGAUGUCCCACCGGUCACCACAACCACACCACAACCGGCCACCACAAUGGCGCAACACCCCGCCUCCCCUGCCCUGUCCCGCCACCAUCACCACAACCCUAUACCACACCAUCACUCCAGCCCAGCCUUGCCCUCAUCACCUAGCCCUGCCCUUAUCACUCCCGCCAUGCCCUACCCCAAUCAGCUUAGCCACACCCCACACCCACAAACCAUGCCCCAUCCCCGUCACCCUGACCUCCAUAGUCAGCCAUAGUCAGCCAUAGACUGCCCAUUGGAUCUGCCCCUUCAUAUCCCCAUGCCCCAGCACCCCCAACCUGAGCCCUUGCCCCCUGCCACCCUAGCCACCAGUCUACCUGUCGGCCGCUACUGCAGACCACCACUCUACCUGGUUCGACUCCACAGCAACCUCUCUAGCCCCUAGUCCCCUCUCCAACACCCUCCACGGCCACAACCACUUCCAAGCCCUAGCCACCCCUCUCCAACCACCCCAACUGAUGCAUCCCACCCCGCACCCCAAGUCGUCGAGCAAAAUUGACCUCACAAUUGUACCCUAGCCAUCGAUCUAAAACAGUAGCCAUAAAAAAUGGACAGCUACUCCAUGGGAUAAGGGCGACAACGGGUGACCAGAGGUGGGCAAGCAGAGGUGGAUUACAGAUAUUUAAGCAUUUCAUAAAAUCCAAAUAAAUAGAUUUAUAUUUAAGCAAAGAGUAGAUUUGGAUUAGCUUUUCAC